AUGGCGGCCGCUCCUAUCUCCGGGUUGGGGCCCCGGGCUGCCGCCGUCUGCCUCCCCAAAGGCCUCGCAGUCGCGGCCUCGGCCUCAGUCCCGGCCCCGGCCUCCCGCCGCCGCCGCCACCUCCGCUCCAGCUUCGCCGCCCGGCUCCGCCAGCCGCCGACGUCCAGUGCUUCGCUCAACGCACUCCGCCGGGCGAACACAGAGGAGAAACAAGGUUCCGGCCCCGCCAACGGCCGCGCGCAUGCGCAAGAGGAGCUGCGCGCACCUCGGCCCCGCCCAUCCGCGUCGCAUCUGGGCCGGGCCUCCGAGGCUCUGCAGCUGACCCAGAAGAUGGCAAAAACAAGACAGAAAAGCCCCGGGAAGAGAACCAGGCCCUUGAGGGGAGUUCUGGCUCACCAAUGCAUUCCUUUCCUCCUGCAGGGUACUGCUGGCCAGGAGCCGCCACUCACCAGGACCUGUCCACCUAUUUCAAACAUCCCAGGUCCAGCACUCUGGAAGGGUCAGGGAAGGGCCUGGGGCUGCAGAUGCUGUCCUGGCGCAAAGCACCAGGCCUGGAGGGAAGGCCAGGUGUCCUCUCUCCCACUUUCCACGGGAGGUAGCUGUGUCAAGUAUCUGACUUUCCUCUCCAACUUCUUCUUCUCCUUGCUGGCCCUCUUGGCCCUGGCGACAGGGCUCUGGGGUCUGGCUGUCAAAAGGUCUCCAGAGAGUGGCUGGGGUGGAGCCCUGCCGACAGAUCCCAUGUUGGCCCUAGCGCUGGGAGGCCUAGUGGUCAGUGUCGUGAGCCUGUCUGGAUGUCUGGGUGCUCUGUGUGAGAACAGAUGCCUACUGCACUUCUACAGUGGAGCUGUCCUCAUCUGCCUGGCACUGGAAACCCUGGCAGGGACCCUGGUGGUGGCCCUCUGGGGCCCACUGCAGGAUGGCCUGAAGUAUUCCCUGCAUGUGGCCGUCAUCCACUACGGGGACGAUCCAGACCUACGCUUCCUCCUCGACCAAGUCCAGCUGGGGCUGCAAUGCUGUGGGGCAGUUUCCUACCAGGACUGGCAACAGAAUCUGUACUUUAACUGCAGCUCUCCUGGGGUACAAGCCUGCGGCCUUCCUGCCUCCUGCUGCAUCAACCCCCAGGAAGAAGGAGCUUUGGUGAACACUCAGUGUGGCUCUGGGGUGUUGCACCUGGACCCGGAUGCAGCGGGACAAGUAGUAUACUUGCAGGGCUGCUGGCCUGUGCUACGACAGUGGCUUCGAGGGAACAUGCAGACCAUAGGCGGCUGUGCCAUCACUGUUGUCGUGAUCCAAGGGACUGAACUCUUGUUGGCUGCCUGCCUGCUAAGGGCCCUCGCUGUCCAAAAGGCAGCGGGCGGACACAGAACCCGGCCCUCUGUGAAGUGGCAGCAGAGCUGA